AUGCCUACAUACCCAUCCGAGCAUUUCCGUCCGGGCCAACCGGCUCCUGCUCCCCGCCCACAGCGUCCGAGGCCGUCUCUCAAGGGACACCCGGAUAUUCGGUCGACGAAGGAGUAUAAGCUUGCUGCGCGGAGAUGGACAUCGACCAUUGUCGCUUUACCGUUUCUCUUGUAUACGUCUUACAUUCUCUAUGAGCGAACCUACGGUGACAAAAGCCAGAAACACUUCCCUGCCCCCAAGGAGCAGGAAUAG